UAAGGUGGUGAGAAGGUGUUUCGCUGGCCCUGCAAAGGUUUCUUACCUUAGUCAAGGUCUUCCCCAGCCCAACUCCAAACAGAACCACCCUUCCAACCCUUCCAUGUCUAUUACAUCUCAACAGGCUGAACCUAAUGAUGUGGCACCGAGCUGUAGUUCAUGUUCUGAGACUGCAUACAGUAAGGCAAAGAAGAGAGAGCUUCAUGCCUGGGAUGCAGUCAAGGAUGAGAUGCUUAAGGUGUCGUUUGAAUGUUCAGCACCAAUCACUACCCAGUGUGUUGUCUGCCUAGAACAUGCUGAUUAUAGGUGCAUUGAGUGCAGCUCCACUGCAGUGUUUUGUGAGGCUUGUCUGAAGAGGACUCACAGAAAUUCACUGCAUCUUCCUGAUAAGUGGAAUAAUGCCUACUAUGAGCCAUCCUCCCUGGGGUUAUUCCUAGAUUUACCUGAAGGCCAUGGCACCCAUACUGUGUACACAAAGGACAUGAAGGUCAUUGUCAGCACAGGACGACUCUGCACCGUCACAGUCAAUAUGUGUGCGUGUGAACCAGAAACCUGCACUCUGCUAACGUAUGGGCUCUGGCCAGCAACAGCCGACAAGCCCCAGACAGCCUUCUCCAUCCCUCUGCUAGAGCUUUUUGUUUGUCUGUUUGUGGAGUGUCAGGUUUCUGUUGAGGGUUUUUGCAGCACCCUGCGCUGGAAAAAUAACCAGUAA